AUUCAGUUUUCAGCUGUGGUUUUCAGUUUUAUUGUUUUAUUUUACUCCCUUUGUAAUUUUGUUAGACGUUAAAGAAAUACAAAUAAGAAAUUAAAUAGAGCGUAAGGAAGGAUUACGUUAUUUCAAUUCCUGAUUGAAAUUGAUAUGUCUACAUCAAGCAAUAUCAUACAAACUGUCUAUUCACCUGCAGAUCCUGAAACACCACAGGGAACAGCUCCUAACAGAAUCCAAAACUUUGACCAGUCUCUAAACCAUGUGGACUUGGGGCACAGCAUAGAGCAGUCACUAAAGAGUGCCCAAAAGGAACUUCACCAGAAAAGAAUCCAAACCCUCAGAAAAGAAUUAGAAUAUCUUAAAUCAACAGAAUGGGAGUUUGUUCAAGAAAAAGGAUUCGGGCAAUAGUUUGAAGAUGCUGUUCUACUUAAAAAAUAUUUACAACUAUUUGUUUGGAGGAGAAACAGUUAAUGAAGCAGAGCUUGACUAUGAAACUGAGGUUUAUCUAGCUGAUCAACUUUUAGGCUUGGAAAAUGAUGAAGUUAACAACACAGAUAAAUUCCCUGAAGAUAAGGAAGUUGUUGAAACUGACAGUUUGCAAUGUUUUCAUAGAACUGGUGAGAUAACUUACUUAGACAAAAACUAUGUGCUUAUUGAUGGGGAGUAUUAUUUUGACCUGAGUGGCUGUCCUCUUCAAGUGUAUCCCAAAGACAGAGUAUCAUACAUGUGCUAUAAAGAAGAAGACACAUUCAAAGUUGUCCGGCUGCUUGAAAAUCACGGCCCUGCUUGGGGUGACAUUGUUGAAACUCAGGAAGAUAAGUACCAGAUCAUUGAGCAUACAAUAAUUGGAGAGGUGGAGAAUAGGCAGAACCGUCUAGUUUAUAUGAAAGACUUGACAUUUAAUCUGGAUGAUGUUGAAGCAGCAUUUGUACCAGUAAAGGGAGACUGGCUAGAGUUGAAAUGUUCUGUACAAUUUGAUGAAAGUAAACCUUCAGAUAUAUCCACAAAACAGGUGUUGAAAGUAUUGGGGUUGAAAGCACUGAGAAGUAAAACAAUGAGUUCAACUGUUACUUACUGGGAUGGAGAGACUGGAGUUUGUGACAACCAAAUUUAUUUCAACAGACAUUCAAUUCAAAAUGGCAGUUGUAUACAAACUGGAUCAAAGGUUAUGCUUGAAGCAAUUGAAAGCAAUCAAGGUCAUUGUACUUGGAGAGCUAUCAGGAUGCUUGUGGAUGAAGUGAGCGAACCCAGCCAGCCCGCUGCAGACAAUGAUAAAGAAGAAGAAAGGAGUCUUCAAAUAGAACAAGAGAAGAAUAUUCAUGUGACACACCCACUCACAUUUGAAAAUGUCCAGUUUGGUAGUAAUGCCUGCAUGAAGUUGAUUAUUACCAAUAAUAGCAACGAAAUACAUACCAUACUCCGCUGGUUAAUUGUAUCAAAGAAGAGUGACUCUCAAUUCAAUAUCACACCUUUCUUGAAUAACCAAGUUAAACUACUCCCAGGUCGAAACUUUACAUUUAACAUUACCUGUCGGCCAAAGUUCUUGGGCUCAUCUAAAGAAUUAAUGGUAAUAGUGUUUAGAGGAUUCCAACUUAAAAGAUACUUAAGUACCAAUGUAGUGCAAGAAAGACUGAACACUGACACUUUAAUUAAUGGAACCGAAAAUGGUCAGAUAUCCCAGGAUCAAAUGGUUCAAAAUAUGAAGAGUGUCAGAAAAAAACUGGCAAAGGACAUAGUGCCAGGUGUGAGAACAAUCAGGUCUGCAAACUUUAUCCCUGUCAAACUUGGCAUGUACCCAAUCCCUGACAAAAUUUGGAAAGCCGUCCUGGGAGAUUCUGACGAAAUAAGUAAUGACAUUAACAGCACCAUCAGGAGAAUAGAACAGCAUUUGCCAUUCUUGUCUGGCGACCUAAACAUUCACAACUACACUGACAUAUGGCACGCCCUGCUUCACAUGGAGGAGAUACAACAGAAUGUGCACAUGAGAGCUUACGAUAUGCCAAAGACAUUUUUGGAUCGGCAUCAGGAAUAUCUAGGCAUUGAAAUCAAGGGCUUAGCUGAAAGGAGGCCCUCAUUGAUUCAAGGCGAUAGAAUAGUGGUUCAGGAUAUUUGGGAUGACAAAUCACAGCUCUAUGAGGGCUUUGUCCAUGGUAUCAGAGGAGACAUAGUCUUAUUGAAAUUCAGUCCGCGCUUCCAUGAAUUAUAUUCUGGUAGUGAUGUUGCUAUAGAGUUCCAUUUUAGCAGGACUACAUACCGAAGGGCUCAUCAAGCUAUAAACCUGGCCAUUUCCAACCUGGGCCCGGACCUGCUGUUCCCCAGCCGCGUGGCGAGCCGCCCGCCACAAGUAUCCCUGGACAAAUUGAACAACAUUACAUGGUUUAAUACUCAUUUGAAUGAUGGACAAAAGGCGGCAGUAAAAAACGUACUAGCAGGCGAGUGCAGACCAAUGCCGUACUGCAUCUACGGACCACCGGGAACCGGGAAAACCAUCACGGUCGUUGAAAUAAUUCUUCAAAUAUUGACCGUGUUCACCGACGCCAGAAUAUUAGUUGCGACCCCAUCUAAUAGUGCGGCCAAUUUAAUCACGGAAAGACUGAUACAGUACAUGAAUGUAUUCUCUGGGUCCAUGGUGCGGCUCAUUGCCGUGCACUUGUUGGAAUCUAAUAACAUCCCUGAUGCCAUAAAGCCAUUCUGUGCCACUCUUGACGUAGCUAAAGAAAACACAUCUCACCCCCGACACAGGGUAAACCACGACGGCGUUAACUUGAACUGCCAAACCAAUUACGUGGGGAGACACCGCGUCACUAUCGGCACGUUCCAAUGUAUCGGAACAUUAUCGCAAAUGGGCCUCCCGAGAGGUCACUUCACUCACGUGAUCGUGGACGAGGCGGGACAGGGCACGGAACCAGAAAUAAUGAUCCCAAUGACAUUCACAGACAAAGAUAACGGACAAAUUAUACUGGCAGGAGACCCCAUGCAGCUGGGGCCAGUGGUUUUGUCCAAAUACGCUGAAGAGUUCGGUAUGCAGCUAUCAUAUCUGGAAAGAAUUCUGGACAGAUUUCCCUAUCAAAAAGACUAUGAUGCGUAUAAAGAAGGCUACGACAGCAGACUUGUGACUAAACUGACUGAAAACUAUAGAUCUGUGGAGGAAGUUCUAGAGCUGCCUAGUCAGAUGUUCUAUGACGGGAUACUGGUGCCAAAAAUCAAUAGAAAUGAAGACUGGAUUGUGGGAAUUAGUUCUGUUGUUAAUGAAAGUUUUGGCAUAUCUGAUGGAGGGAGGGGUGGUAUUUUUGUAUAUGGCAUCCGUGGUGUGAAUUCUAGGGCUGAAGACAGCCCGUCGUGGUAUAACCCGCAGGAAGGGUCCAUGCUCGCACUCACUGUGUGCAAGCUGUACAAGAAGCAGCUGUCGCCAGAUGACAUCGGCGUCAUCACGCCUUACAUUGCACAGGUGAAGUACCUACGGCUAGUGUUCGACGCGAUGGGCCUCCCACAGCCGAAAAUCGGCACCGUCGAAGAGUUCCAGGGGCAGGAGAAACGAGUCAUCCUCAUAUCCACCGUGCGAUCCACCGAGUCUCACCUACAGCAGGACCACAAACACGCACUGGGCUUCGUGAAGCACCCCAAGAGGCUGAAUGUGGCCAUCACUCGAGCGCAGGUGGCGGUCCUACUGUUCUGUAACCCGCAUCUGUUGCACAGGGACCCACAGUGGAAUAAAGUACUAGCAUAUGCUGUCAAGAAUGGGAAAUAUUCCGGCUGUGAUUUGCCGUCUGGUCUAGCCAAUGAUGUACAAGUGGGUGAAUAAUAUUCAAAGUCAUUCCAUUUUAUAUAGCUACGUAAUUUGACUUGAACCUCAUUAGUUUUAACCCUGGAUCUCUGUCGGUACUGAGCUAUCAUUCGUAAUCGCAUUGGACUUCUUCGCCAACUACCUAAUCUCGUUAGAAAGAUAGAGAAUUAGGAAUGCGAGUUUUUACACCAUUCGUUCGAGUAACUCGAUUUGUAUGGCGCGGAAGAGUCGCCACCUAGCGGUACUCGCGCUGCACUACCUCUGCGCCAUACAAACUCGCAUCUAUUUUCACUGCUUGAUCGGUUAAACCUAUACUAAGCCCUCAGAGGAUAUUUUUAUGAUGAUUAUGAAAAACUGGGCAGUGGCCUGAUAUUUUCUCUUCUGUUAGUU